AUGAAAGCAUCAGUUCUUGCCCUUGCCGGGCUCUGCACCGGUCUUGCUGCUGCCACUCCUCUUGACAAACGUGCAUGGGCCACCGCCUAUGAGUUUGUCACCGUCACCGUCACCGUCACCGGAUUUCCUCCCGCCCAGACACCUGCUUCAUCCGUCCAAGCCGCUCCUUCCGUCGAAGCCGCUCCCACUGCCGAUGCCACUUCCUGGGCCACCGAUUCUUCAGGCUACACCCCGGGCGGAUGGUGGGGUGCAUGGCGUAGCUGGGGAAGCGAUUCUGCGGCUGCCACAGCAUGGGCAAGUCAGUCUGCGGUUGCAACAUGGCAGAGUCAGUCUGCGGUCGCCACCACCAUCGAGACAUCGGCGCCUAUUUCGACCUAUUCUCCUCCUUCCUCUGUGGUAGUUGUUGAGAGUUCCACUCCCGCCUCUGCGGUGUCUACUUCCGUCGCGACUUCAGUUUCUUCCGACUACCAACAAGGAAUUCUCGAUUCACACAACAUUCAUCGCAAGAAUGCCUCCGUCUCGGACCUGGUCUGGAGUGAUGACAUGGCGUCCAUCGCUGCUCAGAUCGCGGCUAGCUGCGUCUACGCCCACAAUACCGCAGCUGGGGGUGGUGGCUAUGGCCAGAACAUCGGUGCCGGUGCUCCUCCAUCUGAUAUUCCCGCCAUGAUCACCGACGAGAUGUACAAUGGCGAAAUCAAUUACUACCCUGCAUAUGGUGUUGAGCCUGACAUGAGCAACUUUGAGAAGUGGGGUCAUUACUCGCAGAUUGUCUGGAAGUCCACCACCGCCGUGGGGUGCGCUACUCAGUACUGCCCGAAUGGGUUGGCCAACACUGGAGGCGGCGUCAGCCCGUACUUUACUGUCUGCAACUACAGCCCACCUGGGAACUUCGGAGGGCAAUAUGCUGCGAACGUCCUGCAACCACUCGGGCUUCCUACCGUGACUCUGUGA